AUGUCUUCUAGUUGGCUAAGGUCUGAAAAUGCUAGACUGGCUGGAGCAGCAGUGGCUGCGUCUGCAUUGACUCUGCUAUCUGUCACUACCUACCAGUCUGUUAUGAAGCAAAAACGUAGGGAGCUAUUACAAAAGGAAGUUAAAGAUGCUUUGGCAACGACCCCCCCGGAACCCGAGCUUCACUCAACUAGCCAAUUAUCUGCUGCGGAUUUAGUGCUUGAUGAGUCGCGUUUGGAUAUAGCCGCUCGAAGAUAUGAUGAAACAAUUAUCAAGGAAAUGCUAGCUCGUAACUACGCGUUCUUUGGAGAGGAAUCAAUGAAAAAGGUUCGUGGGGGCCGAGUAGUGGUGGUCGGCUGUGGGGGUGUCGGGAGUUGGGCCGCAGUGAUGCUUAUGCGCUCCGGUGUGUCGCAUAUACGCCUCGUGGACUUCGAUAUGGUUACACUCUCCUCGCUUAAUCGCCAUGCAGUAGCAACACUUGCAGAUGUAGGCGUGCCAAAGGUCACAGCAUGUAAGCGAUUCUUUGAGCGGGUUGCACCGUGGGCGAAGGUCGAUGCACGUGUCGAGCUCUGGAAAGAAGGGUCAGGAGGCGAAGACCUGUUGUGGUGGGGUGGCUCACCGGUGGAUUGGGUAAUUGAUGCAAUCGAUAACCUUACCACAAAGGUCUUUGCGUCAAUGGGAGCUGGGACAAAGAGUGACCCCACGAGGGUACAAAUCAGCGACAUCUCCAAUACCUUUGAGGACCCCUUGGCCAGGUCCGUCAGGCGUCGUCUGCGUCUAGAGAACAUCGAAUCAGGUAUCCCUGUUGUGUAUUCGACCGAAAAGCCAAGUGACGUGAAGCUGCUCCCGUUGCCCCAAGAGGAGUAUGAGAAAGGCAAUGUCCAUGAGCUUGGUGCAUUUGACGAUUUUAGGGUGCGGAUCUUACCGGUAUUAGGGCCCCUUCCUGCUCUAUUCGGACUUCAUAUUGCAACGUACAUCGUGUGCGAUAUUGCGGGGAAACCUAUACCUAACCCUCUCCCGGUUAAGAACAGAGGAAAACUCUACGAGAAACUUGCGCGGGAUCUCCUUAACCGGGAGAACCAGGUUACUGGGGGUGGCAUAUCCAAACUCCCACUAUCAGAACAAGAUGUUGCAUACAUUUUUGAGGACCUACACCGUGGGCGUUCUACUAUUCCUCCUCAUUCGGUACUCGCAAGGCCACAGUUAUCACGUUGGAAUGCAAAAGAGCCCUUGACAACUUCUAAUUGCGUUGUUUUGAGCCACCAAGAGGCCCAACUUCUGCAAGAACACGGAGGUAUUGGGGAAGAAGUGGUGCAAAGAGGGCUAUGGCCAUCAGAGACUUUGGAGGUAGUUCGUGUGCGUCAAAGGGAGGCCGCUGCGAUUGCCCGGUGGGAGAUAUAA